GACGAGCAUUGCGAUCCUACAGUAUAGUACAGUACAGUACAGUACCAAUGAUAGAAUGGAAACUAGUUGGGAUACGGUUUUCGGUGCACCGGCAGUGCCAUGCGCAUUGGACGGGCCCUCCGUUCUUCUUCUUCUUCUCUACCCGGCGUCGCCCCCGAGGAGGAGACCGGACCGGUACAGGACCGCGGGCUCGACCGCGUCCAGCCGCUGCGACUCGGCGCACUCGAGGUCUUUCGCCUUGCCGUAGGCCUUCUCCACGGAACCGAGGGUUUCGAGGAAGGAGGCGGUCCCCCCCAGGAGCCGCUCGGCCGACGACCGGAGGCUCCCGAGGGCCCGGUCCAGGCCUUCCGAGACGUCCCUCAGGGCCAUCGCCGCUGCCUCGUUCGCAAGGGCGGGAGCGGCGUUGGGCGGCUGGCCUUUUUUUCGUCCCGUGUCGUUUCCGGUCGGUUCUGCAGCUGCAGCUGCUGCUUCUUCGUCUUCUUCGCCAUCUUGUGCUCCGUCGUGGAAGGAGGGACCGAUGGUUCCGAGAUCGUUGUGGUUUUGGUUUGUAGGACCGUCGGCAAAAGCGAGAUCGGGGUUGUUCAUGGUGGAAAUCAACGGGCCGCACAGAGGGGUUCUUGUCGAACUAGCAAUGGUGGUGGUGGUUGCAGCAGCCGAGCAGUAUCCUCGAAUCUAUGGAAUGCUGCGAGAGCUGCUUCUUGCGGCGGAACGAAUGGUGGGAUCGGGAAUCGGGAGAACAAUCCGAACGAAACGAAACGGAUUUUCUUUUCUGCUUCUCUUAGUCUUGCGUGCAACACAUUACAACACACAUGCUACUACGAGUACUUGGUACGUACAGAACCAUUAGUCGUUACCAUUCAUCGGUUAUAACCACCAAGACCAGUACUGCGACUGGCGUAGCCGUACACAUAGACGAACCCUUCUCAAAUGAAAUAAGCACUGAAGU